CAAGCCAAGAUUGUGUAGCACACCAUUUCAAGCGAGAGACACAUAUUGCGCCGUUUUGUCGUCUCUCCGGAACCGAACAGACGUCACCGAGCAGGCUAGUGUACGACGAAACCUCACUGCGAUCAAUACGGUAUUUACAACACCCAGUUGGCGUGGUGAAAAUCAGAGAUUCUGCACUCGGUUUUUGUGGAAAUUCAGUGAUAAAAGUUUGUGAUAAACCAUCGCUUUGACGCACCAGUGAAACUGUGCAGCAGCUGUUACAAACAGACAGUGUUUUACUUCAUAGAAGAAGACCUACAAGAACCAACGAAAGGAUUAAAACAUGGCGCCCAUCAAUCCAAAACAAAUGUGAACGAUCUCUCGAGUUCCAAUCCGAAUGCUAUGAAUUCAAGGACUAUCGGGAAGCUUAAAUUACGCCCAUGUUUAAUACAUCGACAUCAGUAUCGCCGAGUGUAGGAUUUUUUCUGCUCCAGCAGUUGCUGUUCUCGUAUUCAAAUAUAUGCCCGCUGAUAGAUCCGAUGUCAUCGAAUGCUUCAAUAGAGGAAAACUUUGACUAUGACCUCGUCGUUAUCGGCGGUGGAUCCGGGGGUUUGGCUUGCGCCAAGGAAGCCGUACAAUUCGGCGCCAAGGUUGCGGUGCUGGAUUUUGUAAAGCCCUCCCCUCGUGGAACCAAGUGGGGUCUGGGUGGAACCUGCGUCAACGUGGGAUGUAUCCCCAAGAAGUUGAUGCACCAGGCAUCCCUGCUGGGAGAAGCUAUCCAUGAUGCCCAACCGUACGGUUGGAAGUUUGCUGAGCCGGAAUCGGUCAAGCACGAUUGGGCAACCCUUACCGAGUCGGUGCAGAAUCACAUCAAAUCCGUUAACUGGGUGACCCGCGUGGACCUUCGCGACAAGAAGGUUGAGUAUGUCAACGGGCUGGGCUACUUCAAGGAUGCCCACAACGUGGUGGCCGUCAUGAAGAACCAAACCGAACGGGUGCUGAACACCAAGAACGUGGUGAUCGCUGUCGGUGGACGGCCUCGGUAUCCCAACAUUCCCGGAGCUCUGGAGCACGGAAUUACUAGCGAUGAUAUCUUCAGUUUGCCACACGAGCCCGGCAAGACUCUGGUCGUUGGUGCUGGAUACAUCGGCCUGGAGUGUGCCGGUUUCCUGAAAGGCUUCGGCUACGACGCCACUGUGAUGGUGCGGUCGAUUCUGCUGCGUGGAUUUGACCAGCAAAUGGCCACCAUGGUAGGUGAUGCAAUGGUUGAAAAGGGAAUCAAAUUCCUGCACAAGACUCAGCCACAGUCCGUUGAGAAGCAAGCUGAUGGCCGUCUGCUUGUGAAGUACCGUUCCGAUGACGGAACCGAAGGAUCCGAUGUGUACGAUACCGUUCUGUUUGCCAUUGGUCGUACCGCGUGUACCGAUGACCUGAAGCUGGAUCAGGCCGGUGUUGUUACCGCCGAGGGAGGCAAGUCUGACAAACUCGAUGUGGACAGCUUCGAGACGACUAACGUGCCCAAUAUUUUCGCCGUUGGUGAUGUGUUGUACAAACGGCCAGAACUGACCCCGGUUGCCAUCCACGCUGGUCGCCUGCUGGCCCGACGAUUGUUCAACAACCAAACCGAUAUCAUGGACUACGCGGACGUGGCCACCACCGUUUUCUCCCCACUGGAGUACGGCUGUGUUGGCAUGAGCGAAGAAAACGCAGAAGCCAAAUUCGGCAAGGACAAAGUCGAAGUAUACCAUGCCUACUACAAACCCACGGAAUUCUUCGUCCCUCAACGCAGCGUACGGUAUUGUUAUCUUAAGGCAGUGGCCCUGCUCGAAGGCGAUCAGAAAGUCCUCGGACUACACUUCCUGGGACCGGUUGCCGGAGAAGUCAUCCAAGGUUUCGCAGCCGCUUUGAAAUCUGGCCUCACCAUGAAGAUUUUGAAGAAUACCGUUGGUAUUCACCCGACCGUUGCGGAAGAAUUCACUCGUCUGUUGAUCACCAAGAGCUCAGGACUGGAUCCAACUCCGGCCACGUGCUGCAGUUAAGGAGCGGCAAACCACCACACUUGAACAAAACAUUUGCCUUUCGAUGCUCGUGUAUUGUUGUAUUAAUUAAUUUUCGUAGGACAACAGGAAACAUCUCAAUCAAAUUGGGAUUCACUGUUUUUUUCCUGUUGAUGAUACGUACCACUAAAAUCAACUGAUAGUUUAGAUAACACGCUAAAUUGUAGGACUGCAAUGAACAUUCGAAACAGGUAAGCAAGCAAAGUUCGAUAAAAGUGAGAGGGACUUUGAGUUGCGGUAUAUCAUCUUGUGUACUUUUUUUGUGUCGCAGAAAACACGUCUGAUCAAUAAAAUCACAAUGUUAAUA